AUGAUAUGGACAUCAGCAAUGCUUUUGGCUACAAUCAUGGCAUCCAUCUCGGACAGAGUUGAUCUCUCUAUCUCUAAGAUCAACAGUACGACAUAUAGAAAUCUGGAAAAGCUCGUUUCAAAGGACUCGUAUUCUCUUGUGAGGACAAAAGACCUUGGGGAGUUCCACUCCAAAUCUAAGUGUACAUUGCUCUCUUGCCUUAUAACGAAGAAGUCCAUUUUUAAUGAGGAGUAUAUAAACCUACUGGAAAUUAGAGAGGCGUAUACGGGUUUUAAGACAGGGGACGGAUCAGCAGAAAUAUGGAGGAGAAUAUGGGAGAUUUCGAACGAGGACCCAUUGCUUCCAAUCUUAGUGAGUGGACUCCAAUUCUCCAUACUUACACAUCUGUCUGCUUUCCACAAGAAAUUCUUUGGAACUUACCUUCCAAACCCUACUCUUUUCCAAAAGAGGUUCCAAGAUAAGCAUCGACUGAACUUUUACCUGACCUAUCUUCUUGUGAGAAACUGCGUUGGAAACAUCACCAUCGAUGAACAAGAAAUGGAUGAGGGGCUGUCAGCUGUAAUUCAAACUAUAAAAUUCCAAGGAUCCACAAACUGGGUUACACAAUCUGUAGACCUAGAGAAAACAAUACAGAGAGUUGAGGAAAUGGCUAGGCUGUUGAAACACAUAAGCUGUGAAAAGUGCCAGCUAUGGGGGACUAUCCAGCUCAAAGGCCUCAGGGCAGCAUUGAGGGUAUUUUCUGGAUCCACCAACCUGGAAAGGCUCGAGAGGUUUUUCCUUAUUAAUCUCUUUAUGAGACUUUCCGUUUCUGUCAAAGAAAAUAUUAGGCUCAGGAGGUAUAGGGCUCCAUUCCUUGCAACAGUCGCCCUCUACUGGAUGGAGAUUCUUUCGUUUGCAACUUCUCUCUUGAUGAUAUUCUUGGUGUCAAAAAUUAGGAACAAAUUCAAGAGCAGAAUCACUCUCAAAAGCUGUAUGUAG